GUGGGUAGGUCAGCUUCAGAGAGGACUGAGCGGACCCCAUGUGCUUGUGAGGCGGAGGGAGUUAAACGGCACCCGGCUGAGACACACUCGGCUCGUUUUUAAAUUUACAAAGAGACACCGGCGGGGGGGGAGGACGGCUCCACCUGACGUUAGCAUGUUCUGCACCGGACGCUGCCUGAGGACCGCGCUGCGGCUCGCGGCCACUUCUCACCGGCAACAGCUUCAGCAUCAAACGCCGGCCUUGUGUGCUCUGCGGCUUUUGGGGACCAGCCCGACCGUCCACUCGGAUGCCUUCGCCACCCCUGCUCUCGACGGAGCACCCAAACAGUACUCCGCCAAAAUUCAACAGCUCGUCGGUGACAUCGCCAACCUCACGCUAUUGGAGGUGUCGGACCUGAACGAGCUCCUCAAGAAAACUCUGAACAUUCAGGAUGUUGGAAUGAUGCCGAUGGCUGCGUCAGCUCCACCCGCGGCCGCCGUUGAAGAGGAGGCGGAGCCGGUCAAGAAGCAGCAAACUCACUUCACAGUAAAAUUGACAGAAUUGAAAGCAGCUGAAAAAGUCAAACUUAUAAAGGAAGUGAAGAACUGCAUCCAAGGCCUCAAUCUGGUGCAGGCUAAGAAACUAGUGGAGGCACUUCCACAGGAAAUCCGAGCCAACGUACCCAAAGAAGACGCAGAGAAACUGAAAGCAGCCCUGGAGGCAGCAGGCGGCACCGUCGUGUUGGAAUAGAUGCUCGGCCCGCCUGUUCUCCACCGGUUCGCUGCUCAUCUCAUGCACUUCAUCCGUCAUUCUACUAUUGCUUUCUUUUUCUUUCCUUUUUUUUUUACAUGACAAAGAGGAACAUCCUGGGAAAUAAAGAAAUGCCUUCUGACAUUAAUAAUGUCUCUUAACAGCGUCAGAUGAGGCAGUACAUCUCAGACUGAACUUUGCCGCACUGCUGUUUGCCUUUCGAUCUGUCUGCUCAAGUGUCGUCGUGAUACUUGGGAAGCAAACAAGCGACAGAAGUACUGGCGAGUAACGAGUAACUUUGUUGGUCAAUUUGUGUGUGUGUAUGUUUAACUUUUCACAGAAAGGUUUACGCUGUAGGGAAAUGGUUCCCUAUGUUGAGGAACACACUAUCUAGUUCAGGAUGGCUGGGCUAAGUCCUUAUUACUUUUGUUAAUAAUGUGAUUAAAGUUGAAAUAUCCAUAAAUAUUUACACCGUA